CACGGCGCACAGCUGCUCAUCUGUCAGUUUACGCCAGACGGUGUGCAAAAAGUUGUGAAACGGUGAUGGUGUUAAACAAAGUAUUGCAUAAAUAGAACGUUCGUUCAUAGUAAUUCUUUAUCGGAUUCUUCGGUUCGGUUCGCGGAUCUUGCUAGUCACAGGGAGGAGUUCCUCUUGUAUUAUUCAACGCGCGUGAUAGCAUACCAACUACGCCAAAAUGGUCGUAGGGGCAUUUCCGGCCGCCAAAUUGGGCGUCCUUGCCAUGAAACAAAUCUCAAAACCGAUCGCCGCUCUGCUAAAGGAACGAGCCAAGAAUAGUCCAUUCUUCCGGAAGUAUGUCUGCAUGCCACCGGCACAGUUCUACAACUGGAUGGAAGUGAAAACCAAAAUGUGGGCCAUGAACCUCGGGAAACCCACCAACGUUCCGGUCCUGAACGAAGCCAUGGCCAUCGAACUGGGGGCCAAUCUAUUAGGUGAAAUAGUGAUCUUCACCAUCGGUGCCGGUUUACUCCUGUUAGAGUAUCAGAGGCAAGUCCGAAAGGAAGCUAAUAAAGAGGAAAUGGUCAUGCAGGAGAAGCUGGAACUGCAGGCCACAAUCAACGAACUAAUUUUCCAGGUGCAGAGGCAGGACACACAGAUCAGGGAGAUGGCCAGAGUUGUGGCUGAUUUAGAAUCUAAAUCAUCGUGGAAGCCCAAAAUUCUGACCGAUCUGACCAGCAAGCGAAACAGUGCCGAACAACCGCUGUAUAUUCCGGAUAAUCCCACGGGUAGUUCAUCCGCGAGCAGCGGUAAUUCCGGAGUAGUAACAAAAGCAUUGAAUGUGAUUGAAAAUGAAGUCUUUUAUAGAGAAAGUCAACCGAGCGACGAAGAAGACGAUUCCGGACGACGAUCGGGCGUCGUCACGAAAGCCUUAGUCUAUCUGGUGGGUGAAACUACCAGCCAAAGAAGUAGAUAAAUCCAUAGUCUUUCGUUUGUGUUGUCCGUAUUGCUCUUAGGUUGUUGUUUUGUAAAUAGGCAUCGUGCGGUGUGCAUAGCUAUUGUAAUGACUUUGAAAGGAAUUGUUUGAAUAAAAAGACAUGCCACAGUUACUGCUUAGCACAAA